UGAAGCAACAAUACUCUGCUUGAUUCUGUAAUUUAAAAGAAAAAGGAUGACUUAGCCCACAUAAGAGAAAGAAGAAAACAUCUUCUGUCUUAAAGAGAUGUAGAUGUUCACGAAAGCUGAGGCCAUUUGCGCCCUAAGUUCUUGAGAGAAGUGAUCAGAUCUGCUAGACCCCCCUGGAUCUAAAGCACUUUUUCACUUUUCUGUUAAAAGAGGGACUUGAGUUCAAUUUGUGAUAUUUGAAGGCUGCAAAUUUGAUGGCAUUGGCAACACAGUGACUAUUACGAAGGUGGCAUAUUUCAGAUAAUGGAUUGUUAUCAUCUCUGGCCUUGGAAAGGUACUAUGAAUUGUUUAUGUGUUGCUGGGUUAUUGAUAACUUACUGUGUUUUUCUAUUAAACUAGAUGCAAAGUGUUGGUGUUAUUUCUUAAGAAUGUUUUCGUUUUUUUGUGGUUUUCAUUGCUCAUUUCUUUUGUUCAACUUGAAAAUUUAGUUCAAAUUCAAUACUUUAUUCAAGAGGCAAACAAAUUAUAAUGGAAGACUGGGAUGAAAUUUACAAACCCAUGAGAAAAGUGUGAUCUUAUUAUCGCCUUUAUUAUACUUCAAUUGAACUACAUGCAUUAUGACAAAAACAUUGUUAUGUUUGAUAACUUCUAGGAUUAACUUUGUUAAAGGAAACUUGUGUCCCAAUAGAGUUAAAACUCAAAACAAACCUAACCAACAUCAACAACCAAAUCUUUCAAACAAAUAAAUAUUUGCUCAAGCCCAAUGUUGUUGUUCAUACAGCUAUAGCUCAUUCAUUUUUUCUUGUUUUCAUCGUUUCAUGUCAUAAACCAUUUGCUUUGUAAAUCCAGCACAUUUCUCUAUCAAUUACAGCCUCUUUUGCACAAGCUACUUCAUCAUCAUCUCAAGAUUCAAAAGUAGCAGUGUGCAUUGAAAGGUGUGUUAUUCUCAGCAGCAUGAUAUUUUCCUUCUUUCACAAGAUUUUUGUGGCCAGAUGGAGAAAGAAACACAAUUUCAACUCUUCAAGCAUUCAAAGUGAAUUAGAAGUAACCGGGGCGAAUACCACAGGGCUCGAGCAAAAAGAACGAAACCUGAAAGAAGGAUUUAUUAUCGAUGAGAAUGACCACCACGAUUCUCUAGAGGUCUUCUACUUGAAAAAUCUAGAAGAUGGAAUAAGAAGAAGAAGAAGAUUAAGAAGGAGAAGAACCAUGACUUAUUUGCCCAAACAUCUGCUUAAUUCUCCAAUGGAACAAGACAAUCUGAUGUAUGAUAGAGGUAAUAAUAAAUCAUCUCUAAAUUCUAAUAAGCCCAACAAACAGGAUAUACCAAAUAUUGUUCAACAAGAAAAUGCACCACCAAUUUCAGUUCCUCCACCUUCAUCUCAGAAAAGAAAGCAACUUCCCCCUCCGCCACCACCACCACUGCCGCCUCCUUCAUCUCAGAAAAGAAAGCAACUACCCUCUCUUCCUCCGCCACCGCCGCCACCACCACUGCCGCCGCCUCCUCAUUCUUUUUAUCGGCUGCCUCCAAAGAAGAGAAUCCCUUUACCUUUACCUCCACCACCACCACCUUCUCAUUCUCUUUCUCUUUAUCAGCUGCCUCCAAAGAAGAGAAUCCCUUUACCUCCACCACUACCAAGAUUUCAAGUAAAUGGUGUAUCACUAUCAGGGGAAAACCGACGAAAACCAAUUACAACUGACAGAAAAAAGACUUCUGCCAAAAAGAUCGAUAAUGAACAAACGAAACUGAAGCCGCUUCACUGGGACAAACUAAUAUUAGCCAAUGCUGAUCAUUCUAUGGUUUGGGAUGAGAUAAAUAUUGAUGGAUCUUUCAGGAUCGAUGAUGAUCUAAUAAAAGCACUAUUUGGUUAUUCUACUAUCAACAAAAAUUUCCCCGACCAGAUCAUCUCAAGUUCAACAAAUCCCAACUCCGUCCUCAAUACUCGAAUCUUCAUCCUUGACCCGCGAAAAUCCCAGAAUGCAGCAAUCAUAAUCAGAUCUCUGGAUGUCUCUCAAAGAGAAAUAAUCGAUGCUCUCUUUGAUGGACAAGGACUUUCAGUUGAUAUACUAGAAAAACUCGUAAAGAUCUGCCCAACCAAAGAUGAAGAAGACAAGCUAAUCCAAUUCAAUGGCAACCCAUCAAAGCUUGCUAACGCCGAAUCCUUCCUAUACCAUAUUCUGAAAUCCGUUCCCUUUGCUUUCGCACGUCUGAACGCUAUGCUUUUCAUGUCAAGUUACGAUAACGACAUCCUUCACGUAAAGGAAUCGCUUCAAACACUCGAGACCGCUUGCAAUGAACUAAGGACUCGCGGAAUCUUCUUUAAACUUCUGGAAGCCAUUCUCAAAACCGGUAAUCUGAUGAACGCUGGAACUUCAAGGGGAAACGCACAAGGCUUCAACCUCAACUCCCUUAGAAAACUCUCCUCCAUUAAAUCCACAGACGGAAAGACUUCAUUGCUCCACUUUGUGGUUGAACAAGUCAUUUACUCCGAAGGAGCGACUAAUACUAUUAGUACAAGGCUACAUAGUGAGUUCUCCAAUGUGAAGAAAGCAUCCUCACUAGAUUAUUAUUACCACAAUGACAUGUGUGCCGAUCUCAAAAGGCGAGUUGACGAGAUAAAGCUGCUCGUGAAACAAUGCUGCGAAAACAACAGACGAGGAUGUUUCGGGGAAGAAAUGAAGGGAUUUGUGGAGAAAUGUGAGGAAGAACUUACUAUAGUGAAGGAAGAAGAAACAAGAAUAAUGUCACUUGUGAAGAGGACAACAGAAUAUUACCAAGUGGGUGGAGAUUCAGGGACGAAAUCUCUUCAGUUGUUUAUUAUAGUGAAAGAUUUUGUCGAUAUGGUGGAUCAAGUAUGCAUUGAUAUUUCGAUGAAACUAGAGAAGAAGACGAAGAAGAUGAACACAACAUCACCUCUGCCACUAACCGGUCUCCAAAACUUAAGAAAGUCAACCGGAAUCAUCAUCUCUACUGACUCAGAAGACGAUGAUUUGCUUUCUUUUUAA